UCGCAAUAUAUAUCGUAUCGUGAGCAGAAUAUCGUGUAUCGUAUCGUGAGAUUAUUGUAUCACUACAGCCCUACUACCUGGGGCAUCAGCGUUCUCUUUCACCGCUAUCACCGCCACUUCAUGACAGUCAUUGUUACAAACCAUUCCAGAUUAACUUCUAUCCAAAUCUUAUUAAUAUCAUUGAUUAUUUUUCUCUUUUGACACAUCCAGCAUUUCAGCUUCAAACAUACAAUGAGACAUUUUAAAGGAAAUUUACCAAUUAGGAGGUUUUAUGCUGUUUCACAAGACUCUUUUUUUUUUUUUUUUUUUACAAACUAAACAUUUUGUUUGGCAUUUAAAUGUUUAGUUUGGAACUGUGACAUGAAUGUAUGGUGUAAAUAUGACUUUAAAAAAGGAGCCUAUAUUUUUCCUGCUAUGACAGGCGAAAUAACAAACAAUUGCUCCUAAUUUUUGGUUUGUAACUUAAGAAACGGGAUCAGUUUUGAAGUUUCCGUAACUUCUAUCAGACCUGUGAGAAUCUACUUAUGUCAAAGUGUGACGUUACUUCCUGCACCUAAACUUAUGAAACUCAUCCUGUUAAAAACAUCGGCUGUGGUCACUUCUAGUGGUUGAACUGGUUAUAAAAAGGAAGCAGCUGAACAUCAGCUUCAGUUGCUGCUUCAUCCUCUCUGACUUCAUCUCAUCAGUUACAGGUGUUGAGCUGCAGAGAAACUCCACAAUGACUCCAAAUGUUCUCUGCCUGCUCUUUCUCUUGAUGGCCGACAUGUCUCUGAGUGCUCCAGCUAAAAACGAGGAUCCAGUCAAGGAGACGGCCAACUCUCUGGAAACCAUCCCAAGACCGAGAAUUGAUUUUGGUAAAACUAAUUUUGAAAUCAUGAUUUCUAGAUCAAGGUGUUUGUCCAACGUGGGACGUCAGAAUGGAGGACAGUACAUCUCCCUGGAGAGACCUGGCUGUGUGGAGCAUGGUACAGUUCAGCAUGAGGUUCUUCACGCUCUGGGUUUCCACCAUGAGCAAUCCCGCUCUGACAGAGACAAAUACGUUUGGAUUCGCUUCCAAAACAUUGAGGAAGGAGCAGAGAACCAGUUCAAAAAAGUAGCGACCCACAACUUGGGAACUCCCUACGACUUCUUCUCCGUCAUGCAAUAUGAAAAAUAUGCAUUCUCCAAAAAUAAGAAGCCUACCAUUGUUGCCAAGUUCGAUCCUAACUUUGACUGGGGGCGAGCCUAUCAGAUGAGCGCCAAUGACAUCGACCGCGUCAACAGGCUGUACGGAUGCUAGUAAAAUGACUUGAAGAAAUCAGCUCAACAACAGCCAAGAAUUGAUCUGCUGCAAGAAUAUAAUCAGCUCAUAAAACGUUAAACUGCAAAAUCCUUGGCCGCAUUUUUAAAAAGAUCAUCUGGAGCCACCUGCUGGUCAAAGGUUGCAUUGCAUCUCCUGUUGAUGGGAGGUUCCUCARUCAACUUCAUGCAACUUUGAUUCGAAUUUGCUUAUUGCUUUUAACUUUACAUAGAACCUCUAUGUAAAAGAAUAAAAUUUCAUUUUGAUUAAAGCUGUAUUCAUUUAAAAAAUGUA